GGUGAAUGCAAGGGGGGGCUGGAGAGAUGGAGAGAGGAUGGGUGGUGUUUGGUAUCGCGAUUGGAUCUUCUUCAAAUUUCUGUCAUAUGUCGUGGCUUUGUUUUUGUUGUUUUGUUCUUGCAGCUCGCACGCCAAGUGAGAAGUUGGUUCUCGUCGCGAGUAUUUCAAGAAUAGCUUCGCCUCAUAAUAGUAGCAACACUUCGCACGUCUAAGGACUGGGUAUAUUUAUUGUCGUCAUCA